GCUAGUUAUUUUCAUAAUGUCUGGCAGUAGGAAGCCCAGGUCGGUGGCAAACCCUUUGGAUUCGGCUAUCACCACACCAAGCGAGCGAAUAUUGAGAGAAUGCCACAAUCUAUAUAUCGACAGCGACAACGGGCUGGUGAAGAUAGCCGGCAGCCUCGGCCUCAGGCUCCUUCCUCCCCGGAAGAAAAUCAUCGUGAUGAUAAUGGGGAACCACUCUGCGGGAAAGAGCUCCUUCAUUAACUGGUAUGUGGAAGAGCACAUCCAGAAGACCGGAGUGGCCAUCGAAACACAGGGCUUUACCUUCAUCACCAGCGGGAGAAAGAGGGAAUCAUUAACCGGCAAUGCAACGCUUCACCUGUACCCACAUUUCCGUCCUCUUCUGGAGUUUAAAGGUGUCACCGACUACGUCUCCGCGGAAAUCUCUACCUCCAAGCAGAAGAAAUUUAGCCUGGUGACGUUUGUGGACACCCCGGGACUGGUGGACGGCGACAUGGUCUACCCCUUCGACGUCAACAGUGCCAUCACGUGGUUCGGCGAGCAAGCCGACCUGGUCUUCGUGUUCUUCGACCCGAUGGGCCAGGCCCUGUGCAAGCGCACGCUCAACAUCGUGGAGAGUCUGAGCGAGAGGUGCGGAGACAAGAUCUUCUUCUUCCUCAGCAAAGCCGACGAAGCCGGCCGGGAGACUGACAGGCAGAGAGUGAUGAUGCAGAUCGUUCAAGAAUUGUGUCGGAGACCGGGCCUGAACAAAUGUGGCUUUGAGAUGCCCACCAUAUACAUCCCAAACCCACAAAAGCCCAGCCGAUGCGAGAACCAGAUCGACGUGGUCUGUCAGACCAUCGAGAAGACCAUCAACCAGGCCGUCCAGAAAACCCUGGACCAGCUGGAGAAGGACUGCGACCUCAUCUGCUCCAGCGUCGGCGGCAAGCUGGCCCAGGACAGGGUGGACGUGAGCUACAAUAGGACCACGCGUCUGCGGUCCUUCCUCUUCGGCGCGCUGGGCGUUCUGCUGCCCGCCCUCCUCAUCCUCAGCUUCCUGGUGAACACCCUCUCCAAGGAGGAGAUGGAGGGCCUGGUGGGAGAGGGGCUGGCCCGGGUAUUCUCUCUCUCCGCGGCGAUGGUGGUGAUUGUGUGGGACUGGAUACCGGAAGACAGCCAAAUUUGGUUUGCAGUCCUCUUUGUAGCCUUCUGUUACCUCUUAAUUUAUCUCGCCAGAUAUUUUGCAAGCCGGGGAAACAAAACUCUCACCAAGAAGGAGAAGAGGAACCUAGCAAAGUUCAGCGAUUACAUCCAGGAUGUGGUCAAACCCAGAAAGUGGGAACUGUACAAAGAGUAUCUCCAGCAGUGUGCGGCAGAGUACGACUUCUGACAGACCGGCCAAAAACAUGGAGGAAUCUCACCUGCUCUGAUCAUUGCCUGCAUCAGUUCAUAGGUUAGGAACCUAUUUGCUGAUAUAUGCUGGCAUACGAUACACGUUUCAGGGCAUUCUUUUGAAAGCUCCUGAUCUACUGGACUGUAAUGCAUUAGUUAUUAAGAAAACAAUUAUAUUGUGACUUUACUCUUGAUGGCAUGUCACAAUUCUCGCUUUCUGAUUUCUUUUCUUACAAAUAUCAUAGUUUACCUGGGAUUAUUUCAUGGGGAGGGGGGGACACUUAAGUGCCUUCUGUAUGUCAGUGAAAUGUAGAGAGGAAAGUAUUUGUGGUGUGUCAUCACUUAAGAUAAACCAGCAGCUAACUUUUACUUUAACAUUACUUUUCUUUCCUCUUUUUUUUAUCUCUUUUAAUCAUGAUACACAGUACGGAGCUGUUAAAAUGUCUUCUUAUAAACUCAAGUAUAACUGACAGUUUAAUCAUUAAUUGGAAGCUUUUCGCCAAAGCGAAUUACGGGUUUAUUUCUCAUGUCACGUGGUAAGCAAACGCCACCAUCAAGCUCUCUGCCGCUAGACCUGGCAGAUAAGGGGGAGAUGAGGGUUAAAUUUAAUUUAUUAUUUUAAUUAAAACGUUGAACUGUAGUGUGAAAAGGUGGGUUUUUGAAGUUUUCCAAAUAUUUCGUCCAGUCACUCUUUGACGACCUGCACACUGUCGUGUAUGUCUCUGCAUUCACUGUGUUUGUAACUCUUCGAUUGUGUUUUGUGCUUGUGAAGUGUUCUGUGAUUUAUAUUUAAGCCGGUGCUAUUUUAGUGGUGACCAGGUCUGCAGCACAGAAAACCUACACGGUCAGGGUUUGGUGACUGGGUCCAUAUUUAAUGCAAUCUUUAUUCAGAGCCAGGUGACCAGUUCCUGAACAAAAGGUAUACUCAGGUCCUCAUCUUUCUUACUCAAUAUUUCACCUUUAAUAUCGCAGUAUUCAUUUUUGUUGGUCUGUUUGAAAGGUAGCUGACCAGCUAUCUCCAUGUAGCUGACUGGUUUGAGUGAGUCAUCACUUUACAAUAGCGAGAUAUCAUUGCAUUAGCUGUAAUGCUAAUAUGCUAUUUUCUUUUUAGUUUUAGCUAGCAAUCAUAUACCUAGAUAGCUAAUGUAAUUUAGUCUUUAAUAGGUUGUUUGUGUUUUAGUGUUUUACCUCAUAAUUAUAGCAGUCCAGUUAGUCAUUUCUAACGUGAGUUUAGUAACUGUCUGUUUUGUGGCUGGCAAGUGUUGACCAGUAUAGUAGAAUAGAAUGAAAGCACAUAGCUAACUAGCUCACUAGCUAGCAUAAUGGUCACUCUGCCAUAGGUUUAAGGGAGAUUUUAUUCAUAGACUAGAGGAAGGGAAUCGGUGUUGUAUAUUAAAAAUUACCUUGUAUGUUUUAGAGGUGCUUUAAUUGAAUUGAAUUGUCAAUUUGGCAGGAGUGCUGUGGCUAACAUAUUCCAUAUGUUAAGUCUGGCUGUGCACCUAAGAAUCAUGUCAUCACAUGAUUCAUUGGUGCAUUGUGAUUGGAUAUUACCUGCCAGGCCCUGAAUGCAUGUUUUCUGGGUUGCAGACACUGGUGAAAUGGAUACUGCAUAGCACUCGAUAUAUCACAUUUAAAAUGAUUGUAAUUGACACAUCACAAUCAUUUUAUGAAUUUAUGAAUUGUAUUGGUCUCAUCGGUACACUAUUCUAUUCAUAAAUCUGAAAGUGUUUUGCUGUCCAGUUCUGUGGUUCUCUUUAACAAUAGUCUUGUAAGGUUUGUGUGUAGGAGCUGCAGCAGCGUUUUGUAGAAUGUACAUGGGCUGUGCACUGCUGAAAGGUGUCAUCCAUGUACUGUAGCACAAUCCGAGAAAGCCCCAAAUGAUGUGUACUUUUUACAGUAGCCAGUGUUCUCUUUCCUAUUUUGUAGUGUACCUAUAUUGUGUUUAAUGUCUAGACUUAUAUGCUGUGAAAAAUGAUAAUGAGAUUUAUAUUUCUAAUGAACUGUGACAUUUUCAACUCCUGCAUUAUGGACCGUUCAUCCAACGUAAUGUUUUGUGUUUCCCUUUGAUACACUAUAAACCUGGUUCUAAAAACUGGAUGGUGCCUUCAAUGAAUUUAUAUGUAAUUUGGGGGUAUCUGCCAUAACACAGCUUCCAGAAGUUUGUUUUGUUCACCUUUACAGCAAGAUGAAAGGUUGUUUACCUUUAACAAAACUCCUGCCACGGUAGGCUUUUAAUACAGCUAAUGGCUGUAAUAUUAAUAUUAAUAUUACUGAUAUUAAGUAAUGGCUACUAUAGAUGCUGACUCAGUGAAAAUAAUCAGUAUAAAUGUGCAUGAUAUUUCACACUGGCCGCAAAAUUAUUUUUACAGGUACUUUCUGACUUUAACUUUUUAAGGUUUUAGUUUUGACAGAAGAAUUGUGCAAAUCUAUUUUUCUCAUCUGAAGUAUAAUUCUUUUUUUUAAAAGGGCACUUUAUACUCUAUUCAAUGUAUCCGUUUAAUGCUGUAAAGUCUCCCACCAGUAACUGGCUGGACAGAGCAGUACAGGUGUUUGUACCCCUUGUCAAAGCAUCUUCAGUUGAUGUUUCACAUGUUUUUUCAAGCUGUUAAUAAAUACUUUCUGAUGCACCGA